GACCUUUCGUCACGGUUGCAAUCUGUAAAUCGUCUGGGUGAAUGUGGGUGGAAAACAGGAUUCAGCAUAGAAAUACUGGUUUCUGUGCAUAGAAUAUUAGAAUUCGGCAACAACAAUUAGAGUAGAGUCUGUUCUUGCUCCCGUGACAUAUGGCUUUGAAGUUUGCAGACUUGUAAUGUCGUUCACACUCUCGCUGCUAGCAGUUCAUCAGUAAAGGAACCCCCGGCAUUCAGUAUUUUCCUGGUUACGUCUCAGGCUCCAAGUUGAUAUAUUGUGCUUCCUCCGAGGCCUAGAAGAGCUGUGCCGGGAGUCGGGGAUCAAACAUAUACUCCAUAUGCUAGUGUUUGAGGCAACACAAGUUAUCCCGAUCAUAUUGGUACAGCUCCCAACCUUUAAAAAGCAGGACAGGUUUGCUACUGAUACGCCCUCUCCACGCUCGAUCGUUCCUUCGAGUCCACACCCCGCACCAAAUUUGAGCUUCCCUGAUACAAGUUACUCAAACGACAUGGGCAUCCCCGACGGGUUCGGUUCUGCCCUCAUCGGGGGUUUGAUCUCCGCCAUGUUGUAUGGAAUAACGACUCUCCAGACUUCUGUGUAUUACAUGCACUAUGCUGAGGAUGCGCCUACCACGAAGUUCCUCGUUGCUGCCAUAUGGAUUCUUGAUACUAUACAUAUCUCGUUCAUCUGCCACAUGUUGUAUUACUACCUGAUAACCAAUUACGGCGUACCGACGAGUUUGGAGCGUAUUGUCUGGUCAUUCCCAGCGUCGCUUCUAGUGAAUGUACUCGUGGUUUGCAUAGUUCAAUGUGUAUUUGCACACAUAAUAUAUUGCCUUUGUCGCCAUCGAGUGAAGUGGUUGGUGACUGCCCCGAUUAUACUAUUAAUUCUAGUUCACUUUGGGUUUGCCUUGGAGACAGCUAUUCUGAUGUUCAUUAAUCAACAAUUCAGCAUCCUUACACAGGCUAGGUUUUACGCCGUGGCACCCGCUUUGGCCAUCGUCGCACUAGUCGAGGUUCUGAUCACGGUAUCACUCUGCGUACUUUUCUACGAUGGUGGCUCUCGCUCUGGAUUCCCAAGAUCGAAGCGUCUCUUCCACACACUUAUCAUAUAUGCUAUCAACAGGUGUUGUUUGACAUUAUUAGUCACUGUUGCAGAGCUCGCCGUGAAUCUUGAUCAGCUGAAUAAUUGGACGAUUGGGUUGGAUUUCAUCAUUGGAAAAUUAUACGCCAAUUCGCUUCUGGCAUCCCUGAACUCCAGGGAACACCUUCGAUCAAAAGAUGAAGGUACCCUACCAGAUCUGCCCGUCAGCACUAUCCACUUCGCGAACCCGCUGAAGCUUCCGGGGGUCGUUGAGAGUUCUAAGGAUGGAACAAAGCAGUUCAUCGUGCCUGAGGUGGCAGUUACCGAUACUACCACUGAUCCUGUCCCUGAUAAGACUAUGGUGUUGCAAAGAGAGGGAGAGGUGUAAUAUUAGUAGUUCCAUGCUACUACUCGGUGUUUUUGCUACAAUAUAAUCAGUGUAAUGCCGCUAUGGAAUGUCAC